AUGUUCGUCAGCGUCGCAUUCCUCCUCCUCUUACCCUUCGUCGCUGCGGCCGAUGGGGUCCACAGGCUCAAGCUGCAGAAGCUGCCCCCUGCAGCUAGCAAUCCAGCACUCGAGAGCGCCUAUCUCGCUGAAAAGUAUGGCGGCUAUUCUCAGGUUCCCCUCAUGGGUGCUGGCGGUGUUGGACGUAAUGUUCGUCUGAGCCGUCCCGCUCUUCUCGGCGGAGAGAACCUAUACUGGACGCAGGAGGAGCUUCUGGGCAAAGGCGGUCAUGGUGUGCCGCUCAGUAACUUUAUGAACGCUCAGUACUUUGCGGAAAUUGAGUUGGGUAGCCCUCCUCAGCUCUUCAAGGUCAUCCUGGAUACUGGAUCCAGCAAUCUUUGGGUGCCAAGCACCAAGUGUACCUCAAUUGCCUGUUUCCUUCAUACCAAGUAUGACUCUUCUGCAUCCUCCACCUACGAGGCGAAUGGCUCCGAGUUUUCUAUCCAGUACGGCUCCGGUUCGAUGGAAGGCUUCGUGUCUCAGGACAAGCUCAAUAUAGGGGAUCUCACAAUCAAGGGCCAGGACUUCGCUGAAGCCACCAAGGAACCUGGACUUGCCUUCGCUUUCGGCAAGUUCGACGGUAUCCUUGGCCUCGGCUAUGAUACCAUCUCAGUAAACCAUAUCACACCGCCUUUCUAUAGCAUGGUCAAUCAGGGUCUCUUGGAAAGCCCAGUCUUCUCAUUCCGUCUCGGCUCGUCUGAGGAGGACGGCGGCGAAGCUAUCUUUGGUGGUGUCGACGACACCGCGUACACGGGUGAUAUCGAUUACGUCCCCAUUCGCCGCAAGGCAUAUUGGGAAGUCGAGUUGGAGAAGGUUGCUCUAGGAGAUGAUGAGCUCGAGUUGGAGAAUACCGGUGCUGCGAUUGACACUGGCACUUCCCUGAUUGCUCUCCCCAGCGACAUUGCUGAAAUGUUGAACACGCAGAUUGGAGCACAGAAGUCAUGGAAUGGUCAAUACACAGUCGACUGUGCCAAAGUACCAGACCUACCGGAUCUCACUCUCACGUUCAAUGGCAAGGCUUACCCGUUGAAGGGCACGGAUUACAUUCUGGAGGUGCAGGGGACUUGCAUGUCCGCCUUCACUGGUAUGGAUAUCAACAUGCCUGGAGGCGCAAAACUUUGGAUUGUCGGGGAUGUUUUUCUUCGCCGCUACUACACGGUAUAUGACCUCGGUAACGACGCUGUUGGUUUCGCCAAGGCUGUAUGA